CAAAGCACAAAUCCCAACAGAAAAACAGACAGGUUGGAAGUAAAUGACAAAUUAUGGAAAAGGCUGUAGAAUUAGUGACAGCUGAGCAAACACUUAAAGGAACCUGGUCUGUCCCCCUCUUGACCCAUCAACUUUGUCUAUUUGGCUCUGGUAGCCCUUCGUCCAAGUCUGAGACGUUCUGCUGACCAACAGUGCUCAGAGAACAACUUGCGUUAUAGCAGCUUAUACACACCAACUCUAUGCACAAAAGAUGGCACUGUAUGUAGUGAUUGCUGUGGCCUUGCUUGGUUCCUGUUGGGCAGCUCCUCCAGUUGAUACUGAUUUGGUGAAUUACGAUGUGGAUUCAGAUACGUGGGACUUAAACAGCUAUGGAGAAUCAUAUGAAUAUGAUGACUUGGAUGAGGAAAUUGCGAAUGCCGGGUUUUCGAUUGAGGUUGGGACCAUGGCUCCUUCUUUGGCCAUUACUCAGACUCCUGCAGUUAUUCCCGAAGACAAAACAGAGGAAGUGACACUCUUACCCCAGACUACCAAACCCACAGUCCAACCUACUUUGGACUUCCAGGGCCCUGGACUUUUUGGGCCUGACACUGGCCUGGGGAUGCCUACGUGCCUGCUGUGUGUAUGCCUCAGUGGCAGUGUAUAUUGUGACGAUGCUGAUUUGAUCGAGAUUCCCCCUCUGCCCAAAGACACAACACACUUCUAUGCUCGGUUUAACAAGAUCUCUGUGGUCAAAGCAAAGGACUUUCUUAACUUGAACCAGUUGAAACGAAUUGACUUAACAGGGAAUCAGAUCUCUGAGUUGGAUGAGGAUACCUUCCGCCCUCUACCACAGCUUCAGGACCUAUUUUUAGCUGACAACAGGAUCCCGUCUCUGCCUGAGCUUCCAGCCACUAUGAAGUACAUCGAUGUUCGCAAUAACCGCCUGACGAGGGCUGGCAUGCACAGAGAAGCCUUUAAGGAAAUGAAAGAUUUGCAGUUCCUGUACCUGUCAGACAACCGACUGGAUUACAUUCCUGUUCCACUUCCUGAGAGUCUUCGAGUGCUUCACCUGCAGAACAACAACAUCCAGAGCUUGAAUGAGGACACAUUCUGCAACAGUCACGACCGAAGCUUUAUACGCAAGGCUCUGGAAGACAUUCGAUUGGAUGGUAACCCGGUGGACGUGAACCAGUAUGCUCAGGCUUAUGUCUGCCUGCCAAGAGUGCCUGUGGGAAAAGCACACUGAGUGUUAGAAGGGCAUAUGGCUACUCAACUGCUUCUGCUUCAGUGGAUUCAGGUAUUAUGAGAGUCACCGUAUUAGAUAAUAUGGCACAUGUAAGUCUUGGCCUUAAUUGACAUUUUAGUCAAUUGACCACUUAAAAUAGACAAAGGAUGAAUAGACAAUACUGUUAAUAGCCUAUUUACAUAUUCCCCUUUUUCUCAUUUAUUAGAAUAAACUAAAAUAUAUUUUAGUAAUCAUUGUGAUAUCUUUACAUAGAUUCCCUAUCUCCAAUUUCUGUAUGUCUUUUUCUGUCACAUAUUACGCGUGAAUUAUUUGAAUUGCUGCUGAACACUAUACUAAUUUUGAAAAUAUUUUGUAUCUGAAAUCAAUGUUUUUUGUCUUAUUUUGUUUUAAUGUCUAACAAUUAAAUGUUUUUAGAAUGUUGGAUGUGUGUUAAUAAAGUAUUAGUUUCUUACUUAAGGACCUAACCUACU